GAAGUCACAUCAUGAGCAGAACUAAUAGAAUUUAUUAACACUCAAGAAGAAAUCUUUAGUAAUUAUCAUGGAAUAUGCACAGUAUUUAGUGCUAUUGUCAUUGAUAUCAUUUGUUUCUGGCAACCGUCGACAGUUCAUUCCCAGACCGUUUGUUCGUCAAACAGAAACGAAGCCAAACGUUAUACCGAAAAUACACAGGGACAAGGUGCCAAAACAGCAUCAUCGAUCUACUUCUACAGAACAACAUCGUAUACAUCAUGAUGUCAAGAAUAAAAAAAGUGGUAGUGAAAAGGAAGUUAAAGAAGACGAUUUUACUCAUCACAAUUAUGAAGAAUUGACAUGGUUUCUAAAAAGCGUGGCGAAAGACUUUCCUCAUUUAGCACACCUCUACACCGUUGGCCUUUCGUCACAAAACCGCCAACUCUGGGUGAUGGAGAUCUCAAAGAAACCUGGCAAACAUCGUCCAGGAAUUCCGGAAGUGAAAUAUCUUGCCAAUAUGCAUGGUAACGAAGUCGCUGGCAAGGAAAUACUUCUACAUUUCAUCCGUUAUUUGUGUAAAAACUACAAAUCCAAUCCCAGGGUAACGAAAAUGAUUGACACAACUCGAAUACAUAUAAUGCCAAGUAUGAACCCGGACGGUUACGAACUUGCAGCGACAAGGCGAAAUCUCUCCAAGAUCUUGGGAAGAAGAAACUCUUUCGGAAUUGAUCUCAAUCGUAAUUUUCCAGAUCAAUUCUUCUUUGGUGUCACAGCUCCUUUACAACCAGAAACGAGAGCAGUUGCUAAAUGGAUCCAUUCCAUUCCUUUCGUGCUUUCUGCCAAUUUCCAUGGAGGAUCUUUGGUAGCCAAUUAUCCCUUUGAUGAUAGUCCAUCCGGUCAAAGUUCUUACAGUGCCACGCCUGAUGACGACGUUUUCCGACAACUCGCCCGAGCAUAUUCCGAAAUUCAUCCGACUAUGCAUUUAGCUAAUCCUCCAUGGACGUGCAAACAACCACGGGAACGAUUUAUAGAUGGGAUAACGAAUGGUGCAGCCUGGUAUAGUGUGUCGGGAGGGAUGCAGGAUUAUAAUUAUGUGCAUACUAAUGCAUUUGAAAUCACCUUAGAAAUUGGUUGCGAGAAAUUUCCAAAUGCAAGUGAAUUACCGGGUAUCUGGAAAGAGAACAAAGAUGCUCUCCUUGGCUAUUUGGAACAGGCACACAAAGGUAUACGUGGUUUUGUCACGGACGAAAAUGGUGAAGGUAUAAAAGGUGCAAGAAUUUCCAUAUCCUACAGACGACAUGAUAUAUUCUCAGCUAAGGAUGGCGACUAUUGGCGUCUACUCGUUCCAGGUGCCUAUGACGUCACAGCAACCGCAGUCGGUCACGAACCUGAGACCAAGUCGAUCAUUGUCGAUACUGGCGAAGCGACUAAAGUUGAUUUCAAGUUGAAACGGUUGACUGUUCUUAAAUCAUUGCAUCAUCAGGAUUCAGAAGAAGAAGCUUUUAAUUUAUACCAAAUGCAAAGACAAGCAAAUGAACAGCUCACUAUGAUCCCUACAUCAAUGGGAUAUGCUGGGCCGCCAUUGAAUAGUAAACUACAAGGUGAAGUUGAUAGACCUGGUAUGAACAUUGAUCAGUCAUUGUUACUUGAGGCUGGCAGACCUAAGAGAUCUUUCCUGACUCCUUUCUCCUCACAAAAGGGGAUCAGUUCCGCGAUUACACAAAAUACCUUUGGGGUUAAUCCAUCAAAUAUGCCGGAUAGACCAAGAUAGCGAUAUCAUAAAUCCAUAGACACUAAUCCAUAGGCCAAUUUCUGUAUGUUAUACGGUAUAAUUUUCUGUCACAAAUGUUGUUUGCGUACCUGUAUAGUGUAUACAAUCAGUUUUCAAAUUUUCUAUGAAAAAUGCAUUUGUUGAGAAGCCAACUGAAACUACUAGCUUUUCACGAAAUGCAUUGAACUUAUACAUGUGACAAAUGAUUGUAUAAAGACGGGCAAAAUAAAAUUUGUCGUAAAAAUUUGCCCGGAUGAUUUUAGUCUUUGUCAUGAUAGUAAGAAAGUGAGAAAAUGAUGUACUGCAUGUAGGAUAUAUAUUUAAUAUGUAGUAAUCUUCUAUAAUGAAGAAUUUGUGAAUUGUAUUUUUUGCCUUACCUAUAC